CAUGGAGAACUACUACAACUAUUCUCUAUGCUUCAUCUUCAUUCUUAUUUUACUUUUCCUAACUAAACAAAACAAGAAAAAAACCAAACUCCCACCAAGUCCUUCACUAUGGACCAUGGCAUGCAACCUACGUGCGCUCAUGCAUGCACCUCACUCCACUCUUGCACGCUUAGCUCGUACACAUGGCCCUUUAAUCUCACUCCAUCUCGGCCACCACCAUACCAUCAUCGCCUCCUCCUCGACCACCGCCGAAUCCAUCCUCAAAACCCACGACCGUGACCUCUCCGGCAGAGUAAUCCACCCAAGCUACCAGUACCAUCUCCGAGGCUUCAUUGAACACUCCCUUGUUUGGUCCAAACCCAAUGAUCAAUGGCGCAAGCUUCGGAGAAUCCUCCACUCUGAACUCCUUGGGCAGAGGAUGAUGAAGUCACAAGCUUGGAUUAGAGAGAAGAAGGUGGUGGAAAUGGUGAAGGGGUUGAAGGAGAGGAAGGAAGGGGAGGUUGUGGAUGUUGGACAGGUUGUGUUUGAGACCAUGUUGAGCUUGUUUUGUGAGUUGGUUUUCUCUUGUGAGUUGGACGGGUUGGGGAUGAGUGGGAGUCAGUUUAAGAAGGACUUUUGGAGGUUGUUGGAGUUGAUGGGAAUGGGAGGGUUCAAGAUGGAGGAUCAUGUGCCAUUUUUGGUGAAGUUGUUUGGUGGUGGGAAAAGAGAUGGUGACAAUGUGGAGGUGGUGGUGAAUAGAGUGAUUGGGAGUUGGGAGGGGAUUAUCAGUAAAAGAAGAAAUAUGGGAAGUGGAAGUGGAAGUGAUUUUCUUGAUAUACUUUUGGCUUGUGGACUUAGUGAGAGAGAGAUUAAUGUUUUACUUACGGACAUCCUCAUCGCAGGCACAGACACAGCCACAACAACAAUAGAAUGGGCAAUGUCAGAGCUGAUCAAACACCCAGAAACCUUGUCAAAACUCAACCAAGAACUUCAACAAGUACUACUACUAGAACAAGAACAAGACCAAGACCGUUGCAUCAAUUAUGUCAAAAUAAUAAGAGAGUCACAUCUGCCUCAUCUCCACCAUCUCAAUGCAUGCAUUAAAGAAACCUUCAGACUCCACCCACCUGCUCCUCUACUCCCUCAUUGUGCCCUUGAAUCAUGCCAACUCAUGGGCUAUGAAAUACCAAAAGGUUACCCAGUUAUAGUGAACUUAUGGGCCAUAGGAAGGGACCCUGAAGUUUGGAAGAAUCCUUUGGAGUUCCUGCCUGAACGCUUCUACAGUAAUGACGAUAAAGAAGGGUAUUGGUGCAAUAAUAAAGUGGAGUAUAAUGGAAGUGAUUUUAGGUUGAUUCCUUUUGGAAGUGGGAGGAGGAUGUGUCCUGGAAUUGGGUUGGCAGAGAAGGUGGUGCCUUUGAUUUUAGCUUCACUUGUUCAUGGCUUUGAGUGGAGGCUUCCUGAUGGAAUGGAACUUGAGGAUGUUCAAAUGAAUGCUAAGUUUGGCUUGACUUUGAAGAAGGACCCUCCUUUGCUUCUUCUGCAUAAAGUCAAGAACUAAUUAACUUUAUGUCAAAGUAGAUUAUUACUUUGAAUGUUCUUCGGAAAAUAUAUGUUAAUCUAAAAUUGCUAUUAUUAUUAUUAUUAUUAUUAUUAUUAUUGUU